UAGGUUACCAGCAUUAUGGGGUUGUUGGACAGGGUCAGCAUGGACACGGACAUGGACUUGGGCAUGGGAUUCUUCCAUUCGACAACAACAUUGGCCACGGUCUUCACUCCGCUCACGGCCAUAUCCCCCUUCACAACCACACUCACACUCACCCUCACCAUAACCCUCAUGUCCAUCAUCAUACUAAUCACAACUUACACACCCACGCCCACGCUCAGAGUCAAGCCCAGGCUCAAGCCCAGGCACUCGCCCACGCUCAAUCCCACGCCCACUCGGCAUCCCUACACCACGGCCAUAUUAGCCACAGCCAAGGCCAAGGGCAUGUGCAAGGGUUACUAGGAACGCCAUCCACGCCAGGGACAUCAACAACGACCGCGGUAACUGGCAAUGGUAGUGGUGGAAUAUUAGCGGGAGGAUUGGGAAUGGGUAUGGGGAUGGGAAUGGGACAGAGUGAUCAUUUUGGUACUCAUUCUCUUAAUUCUGCU